UCCUCAGUAUGCUCCAAGAUCGUCCAGCUGCUGGGCCAGAACGAGGUGGACUACCGCCAGAAGCAGGUGGUGAUCGUGAGCCAAGACAGCUUCUACCGGGUCCUCACCUCAGAGCAGAAAUCCAAAGCACUCAAAGGCCAGUUCAAUUUUGACCACCCAGAUGCCUUUGACAACGAGCUGAUCGUGAAAACGCUCAAAGAGAUCACGGAAGGGAAGACGGUCCAGAUUCCUGUCUAUGACUUUGUCUCCCACUCCAGGAAAGAGGAGACGGUGACAGUCUACCCUGCUGACGUGGUGCUCUUUGAAGGCAUUCUGGCCUUCUACAGCCAGGAGGUGCGAGAUCUCUUCCGUAUGAAGCUCUUUGUGGACACAGACGCAGACACCCGUCUGUCCCGCAGAGUGCUACGAGACAUCAGCGAGCGAGGCAGAGACCUCGAGCAGAUCUUAUCUCAGUACAUCACCUUCGUCAAGCCUGCCUUCGAGGAGUUCUGUUUGCCAACCAAGAAGUAUGCUGACGUGAUCAUUCCUAGAGGAGCAGAUAAUGAAGUGGCCAUAAACCUGAUAGUGCAGCACAUCCAGGACAUUCUUAACGGAGGACUCAGCAAACGCCAGAGCAACGGCUACCUGAAUGGCUACACCCAGCGCCAGCCCUCAGAGUCCAGCAGCCGGCCUCACUGACCCAAGGCGGCAGGCGUGAGGCGGAGGGCGCUCGGGCCCUGCCACUGCCCCUCUGUACAUACUGUCCGUUCAUUCCCCCCUUAUCUAUUUAAGAAACCAGACGGAGACGAAUGCCUUUAAUUUUGUAUGUCGGAAAUGCCGAAUGAGAAGCAGCCGGCUGCUCGGGAGCCUGGACCGCCAGUGGCUCCCGGCCCUGCUCUCAGUAACUCCUCCAGUACGGAACUGGCUAUAAAUCUCUAUAAAUAUAGAAUUGCUCUAUUUUUGUGUAAAUGCAGAAUAA